CAUUUUUUUUUUUAUCAUACUUUUGUGUAUAUAGUAUUAUGGACUCACUUAAGAGGAAAGUUUCUGCUAACCCCCCUUCAACUAACAAUGAGGGUCAAAGUUCCAAAGCUAGUUGGAGGGAUCUUAAAGCCACCGAGUACUUUGUCAAGGCAUGUUUGGAUCAAGUUUCCAAGAGUCAACGCAAUGGUACUUGUUUUACCAAGAAAGGAUGGCAAGGUAUUGUUUCCCAAUUUAAUGAACAAAGUGGACUGAAUUAUGACAAGGUAAAAUUGAAGAAUAGGUAUGAUAGCUUGAGAAAGGAAUGGAAAGUAUGGUAUAACUUGUUUGGAAAAGUUACCGGAUUAGGAUGGAAUUUUGAGAAGAAUACCGUUGAUGCAUCCGAUGAGUGGUGGGAGAAGAAAGAAUUGGAAAAUCCUCAAUAUGCAAAGUUUAGAGACAAGGGACUUCCAUUUGCUCACCAACUAACCACACUUUUCAAGGAUGUAGUGGCUAAUGGAGAGCAUGCUUGGGCACCAUCAAGUGGUGUAUUACCUAAUGAGAACUUGGGUAAUGAUGAUAAUGAUGUUGGCUUGGAUGUUGAAGGCUCGGGUGAUAGUGAAGAUGCAAGCAUUGGAGCAACAAUUGGUUUUGAAAAUAUUAACUUGAAUACAUCACAAGGAGUUGCUAGUCAAAGUAGUGGACAAAAGAGAAAGAGAGUUAUUGGGGCUGAACAGAAAGGAAAGAAAAAAGCUACUCCUUCAACGUCAAUAGCUGAGGCUGUUAAUGUUAUUGCGGAGACUUGCAAGUCGCGGAAUGAGGCUAUAAGUAAUGCAUCUAUUGGUGAGGUGAUGGCUGAGAUUCAAACCAUGGAGGCAGUUACUUCUGAUUUAGAGUUUCAUACAAUGUGUUGUAACCUAAUGAUGUUUAAGCCAGCUAGGGAGAUGUUUGUAUCACUGUGGGGUUUUGAGGAAAGAAGGUUGAUUUGGCUAAAUUUUACAUCAUUCAACCCUACUCUAUUCAUGAGGCCGUGAUUUGGAAAAAAAUUGGCUCAAGAAUUGGCUUAGUGAUGUGUCUUGGACUUAGCUUAUGCUUUUGGACUUAGUUUAUGUAUUUGGUUUCUUAGUUUAUGUAUUUGGUUGCUUAGUUUGUGUUUAGAUCUUUAUUAUGUCGCACUAUGUGUUAGGAUUUUCCUUUAUAAAUUCCGUAUUAAGAACUCAAGUAGUAUGGUGAUAUAAAACCUAUGUAUUAUGCCUUGUGAAUUUGAAUGAAGUGAAUUUGUUA